AUGGCUUCUCAAAUCGCUCGUCGAUUAGUGAUAUUAGGUGCUCCUGGUUCUGGUAAAAGUACGAUUGCCACUCGAAUAGUAAAAGCAUAUGGUAUGCCUUACAUAGUUGCCGGAGAUUUAGUUCGACAAAAUAUUCAACAGCAAUCAGAGGAGAGUCGAACAAUCAGAGAGUAUGUUAAUAAAGGCCUUCUAUUAUCUGAUGACCUAAUAUUAAAAUUUCUUGUUGAUGAACUUGAAAAAAAUCGUGAACAAGGCUUUCUAUUAGAAGGUUAUCCACGUACAUUAAAUCAAGCUGAAAUGUUGUAUCGACAAAUGAAAGUUGAUCAUGUUAUUGCCAUUCAUGUGCCUGCUGAUGAAAUUAUAAAUCGUUUAAAUGACAGAUGGUUUCAUUUAUCAAGUGGACGAGUCUAUAAUCGUUUAUGGAGUCCACCGAAAGAAGCUGGAAAAGACGAUGUAACAGGCGAACCAUUAGCACAACGAGAAGAUGAUAUACCUGCAGUUAUUCGGCAUCGAUUGAAUGCUUAUAAUAAAAAUACAAAUCCAAUUAUACAAUUUUAUAAACAAUUAGGUAUUCUUCAAGAUUUUCAUGGACGUGAAAGUGAUCAAAUUUGGCCUGAAGUGAAAAACUAUCUUGAUCAUAUUCUCAAAGAACCCAUCAGUCAAAAAGUAGCUGCUUAG